AGUAUUCCGAGUCAAUUAGAAAACUUCCAAGAUUGGGACAAUACCGAGUAAAAGUAGGAAAUAUUCACAGUAGUAUUGAAUUUACUUAAACAGUAAACCUAUGUUGAAUGGUUUAAUGUAAAUUAACAAUUUGAAUGUUUCCGUAAAUUACCGUUUCUUAGAAAUAUUAAUAUUAUUAAUAAUAUACCGGGAACGUUACUGGGAAAAUUCCGACCUCAGAAAUGCCGAUAUCGCUCAAGCUUGACGCUCAUGAUCUCCUUGUAGCCCAAAAAAAUGUGUCCGCAUUCUAACCAAUAUACAACAAACAGAACAGACAGAUGCAAGCAACAAUACAAUACUCUCUGUUGCAAGACUUGCAAGAAACUUUCCACCAACAUAGGCAAUACCUCCAAAUUUUAACUUUCCCCUCUCUCUAGAUCUUAAAAGUUUCUUCUUUUGUAAGGAAGAACAUAAAUUUAUUUGAAUUUUGUAAAAGUGCGCGACGUAACGUUCCACAAAUUUUAUGUAAUAAUCUAUCUACCAUGACAAUGAACGAUUCUAUUCUAUUCUGUCUAAAAAUAAUAAACCCCUCAGGUCCCUGAUGGGGAAUAAAAUGCACCAUAAUCAUCAUCAAUAUCACCGCGAAAAUCUAAAUUCGAAGAAUGCCUUUAUCCAUUUUUCUAUUGAUCUUUUCGAAUUCGAUAGGAUUUUAAUUAUAGAAUUUUAUUUUAACGUGGGUACCUCGUCGAAUGUGUAUUCAUGACUUAAUUGAAUGAAAAGGAUAGGCACGUUCUCAUCGAAAACAAGCUGAUUUGAUUUGACGUUUUGUUUGUCUCGUCACGUCAUGAACAGAGAACAGAAACAAUUUUUCAAUAAACGAGUGAAAAAAAUUGUAUUCAAAGAAAUUCACGGAUUUUGUAAUAUAUAAUUUACCUAAAAUAUGCUCACUAAUCAUUGAAAUGAGUCCUUUUGCGAGUACGAAGUGAAUGUGGUGCUGAAUUAUCUUUAAAUAUGGAACUGUCCGGCUCGGGGAAAUCCCCGAAUUCUUCGUUGUCCUUUAGAUAUAAUGCUAACAAUGAGGAACUUGAAGAGUUGUAUCACAUGUGUGAUGAUGAUCCCCCUACACCCCAAAAUGACCCUCCCAGUAGUCAAAAUGAAAACGCGAGUCCGAAAAAAUCGGAUAAAAGCUCAUCUAUAUUAGACAAAUAUUUCAAAUCAAUGAGACCAGAAAAGCUGCCAGAAAAAGAGAAUGAUGAUCAAAAAUCUGAGCCCAAACCUGUAGAGGACACUAAACCAGCUGUUCCUCCCAAAGAAGUGACAUCAUCACCUAUGAAAGAGUAUUUAAACCGUUUAGGCAAAAGGACUACCACUUCAGAAGGCUCCAUCGAUGCUAAGGAAAGCUCCAAUGAAACUUGGAAGAUCUUCCAUGACUUUAAGUUCAAAAUAGCACAAGCUGUUGAGGAUAUUAAAACUCGUUCGGUAGAAGAAACAAAAGAAAAAUCAGUGCCAAGAGAAAAUUCUACAUCAGAUUCAGAAGAAAAUUCUGCCAUCAAAGACUCUGAUCAACAAAGUGUUGGAGAUACUGACAACCAGGUAUCAUCCCUUCACAGUAGCAUUCAGAAUCUGUCUGAAAUCACGCAGCCGGUCACGGCCAAGCCUACCGAUCGUGAGUCUAGUCUUCCUUUAGAAAAAAACAAUUCGGAAUCCAGUGAUGAUACACAUAAGAAUUUAGCCAGUGAAUCAGAAAACGGAACUGGAGAUUUACUAGACGACAGCAGUAUGUUAGAAGUGGAGUCUGGUGUCGAAGCCCUGGAGGACACUAACAUCGACGCGCUUGGAGACGUCAACCUGUACAAAGACUCGGGGGACAAGAACCCUCCUGUCCUGAACAUCCUCCCCUGUACCGUACAGAGACCAGUAACACCCACAAAUUUCGGAUCCCCACCAAGCAAAAAUAAUAUACAGACAGAAACUCCUAGGCACUACUUCUUUAAUUUCACAAUGUACAUUCUUACUUUUUUACUAAUUGUUAACUACCUACUAUUCCCGAACUCUCACGCCUGGAAUGGGUUCCUGCUUGGCGUAUGGACGUUUACAUUUGGAAGUAAUUUGAAGCAAUGGUUUUUAGACACUUAUUUUAGCACUGACAAGGAGCCUAGAACCAGCUUUUUUCAGUUUAAGCGAAGCAGUGCUGUACCGUACACGUACAGUAUUCCUAAUGUUAAGGAGCAUAGACCAAUAAAGAAACAUGAGGGAUGGAUAAACCAUUAUAGGUUUCACGAAUAUGAUGCCUACACGUAUCACAUCAACAAAACAACAACCGCGUUCAUGAAAUUAGAAGGUUGCAAUUUAAGGAUAUCGUACACAAAGACAAAAAUAGCGAAGAGAGCGCUGUGGGACGAAAAAAUAGACAAAGUUGUUUUCUACCAGCAUAGACUGUAUAACUUAACUGGAGCCAGAGUAUUCCUGCUGCCAACUGGGCUUGUCAGUAAAAGACAAUGGAGCAAAAAAUAUCCAAUAUGUAUCAUACUAAAUGAAAAUGAGACAAUACAAGUACUUGAGAAGGAAAACCCCCGAGAAAAACCUGGCGAAGCGUCAGAGAGUAAAAAGAAGGAACAAGAGUCAGAGACCACCGAAACGAACACCAGCCCGGAAAAGAAGAAGAGAUUUGUAUGGAGAAAGAAAGAAAAAAGUCUUUCACAAGAUGCAGAGACGCCUGGGAGAGAAGGUCUGCGUCAUCGGCUCGUCAGAAAAAUGCAUAGAGACAAAAAGCCGGACAGCGUGUCCACCGCCACAGAGCCAGACAGCCAAACGGAAAAGACUUUACAAGAGGAAUUGAACGAUGAGGAGCUGACCAGUGCGCCCACCAACGGCAAAGAUGAAGUCCUCGAAGAUGAUCUGGAUGAGACCGAGAUUUCCAGACUGAAGGAGUUUUUGGAUGAAACUGAGCCGGAGACUGUGGAGGGCGCGGCGGAGGGGGAGUGGAGCUUGCACGUGAAGCACUCCAAAGACGCGCACUCGCGGCUGUUCCUGUUCGCGAGGACCGGCCGCGACAAGCUCGAGUGGUUCCGACGAUUACACCAGGCUAUAGCGGAGGCGAAUCCGUCGCUCGAAUCUUCCGUCGCCGAAGACAAGAGUACGAGCGAUCUCGCGCCCGACACCAAGGAGGGCAUAGAGAUGGCUGUCUACAAAGUAUCUGAGAAAGAUACUGUCUCCUUCCCGAAGCCUAAUAACAAAGUUAAUCCAGUGCCGUCCGAAAUUCCUGCUACCGUUACGGACUGGAGUUCGUAUGAGAAAACGUUCUGGCCCUAUUUAAUAAAAAUCAUGCAACCUAAAUCAGCUCCGUCCGCGUGCGACUGCCGAGUGCUGCCCGCCGAGGUGUCGUGGGUGAACACGGUGCUGGCCCGAGUCAUGUACGACGUCAUGAGGGACCCGCACAUCAUGAUGCGGGUGCAGAACAGGAUACAGAGGAAACUUAACACACUCAAACUACCGUCGUUCAUGUCGCCGCUGGUGGUGACGGAGCUGUCGCUAGCGGGCGCGUGUCCGCUCGUGGAGCGCGUCGGCGGCGUGACGUGGGACGAGCGCGGCGUGUGGCUGGACGCCGACCUGCGCUACGACGGUGGCGCCACCAUCACCAUCCUCACCAACAUCAACCUGAUGAAGCUCAAGGAGAAGAAUCUAACAUUGGAAGAAAAGCUCUUGCUAACAGAAGAGCAUGUAGUGGAGAGCGAUCUCAUCAUUACGGGGACCGGAAUGUUCUCCGAAAAGCAGCUACGGAAACGCAAGCCCGCCAUAUUCGACAGCGAAGUGGAGGACUCGGCGGAGUCCUCCAGCGACGAUGAGAGCCCGCCCGUGCAGCCCGUGGACAGCAACGAGGCCAUACAAGCGCAGGAGCUUGCAUCGGUGACGCCAGAGAGCGGUUCGUCGAAAAAGAAGUUCCUGAGAAUGGUUGAUAAGAUAUCUACAAAUAAAUACUUUCAGCAGGUAACCGACUUUAAAUACGUGAAACGUGCUAUGGAGGGGCUGUCCAAUACGGACAUCAAGUUACAAGUGGAAAUCCAAGGGCUAGAGGGACGGUUAGCUUUAAAUCUGCCGCCGCCGCCUCACGACAGAUUAUGGCUCGGGUUCCGCACGAACCCGCAGCUGGUGCUGAAGGCGCGGCCGGCGGUGGGCGCGCGCACGCUGCGCUUCGCGCACAUCUCCAACUGGAUCGAGCACAAGCUCAGCAAGGAGUUCGAGAAGGUGCUCGUGCUGCCCAACAUGGAGGACAUCGCCGUCGACGUCAUGACCCCCACGCCCGUCUUCGCUGAAUCCACUUGAACCGCCGUGCGUAUAAACGUACCACUAUUAUGUGCAAUAACUUACUAUUAUAACCCGACAUACCGCUGCCCAACAUGGAAGACAUCGCGAUCGACGUCAUGGCUCCACUCGCUUAAUCCAAUUAGAGGAAUCGGUGGUGCGUAUAAAGGAGUAUUAUGUGCAGAAGGACGUUGCCGCUAACGUGUUGACUGAACAAAGGUUACAUAGCAAAGGAUACUUCUGCUGUGUUUAAGCAAUAUGCAUCUAAAGGACAUCGGGGUCGAAAUCAUAACACGUGCGAGUUUUUUUUUAUGAAACUGAAGAUUUUAUGUCGAAGUACAGUAUCCGGUGAUAAAUAUUGCACAUCGGUCUUUAGAAAGAGAAUAUGGGAGACAAGGAGAGAGAAACAGACAACGCUCUACGAAGCGAAAUUCCAAUGUACAAUAUCGCCGGGUACUGUACUUUGCUGGAGACUAUAUAAACUUUCAAGACGCUGCAGAUGUAUUUUUAGGUGAGCUAUUUGGCUCUAAAAGCUAAUUUCCCAUACAAUUAUUUAAAAAAAUGCGAUGCCAUGACGCCCAAAACGUUGCACUUCUAACAUGGCACAUACUCUGGUGCAUAUUACUUUAAUCAUUGUAACCGAUAUAAAGGACAUGGUGCUUCACAUGAGCCAGCCUCGAGUCUGUACUAUGCUAGUGCAUUUGUAGUAAUAAUUUACUUGUAAUUCAUCUCAUCGAACACGUCUCAUGUAUCAAACGACAGCGGUUAAAGGGUUAACAGCGAAGUAUGAAUAAGUUUUCGUGCCAAAAGCACGCUUACAGUAGAAUGAAUGAAGGAAGUGUGCAAUGCCAAGAGACGUUAAUUUUUUCUUAUAUGUACACUUUUAGAAUCAUAAUAUAAAGGUCUUAUUUACAAUUUAAAAAAAAUAUCUACUCUAUUGGGAAAUUCCUUAAGACCUUUUUAUUGCAAACGCUGCAAUUCAAUUGUAACGUUCUGAUGCUAUUAUUUGCCAUAGCUUGGCACUGACUGAUCAUUUGUACCAUUACAAGUUUAUAUACUAAGAUCUUUCAUACCACGCGUUUUACAAGCUUCAUUAUAUAAAACGGUUAAACUUUGAAACUUUUUGUCUAUGGCAUUGCUAUGGGUUUUGCAGUCGGCUGCUCUUGUUUAGGUAUUUGGUUGAGAUUACGGUGUAGGAAAUAGUAGCGGAGGCCUUUAGCUGAAUAUUAAUUUAUUUCGCUCAAAUAACGAAAAUGUUUGAUAUCAAAUCAUUUCAUGAGAAUUUAUUUUCUCAGCGAUGAAUAUUGCGGAGCAGCUGAAAGAUUAUCUCUUAGCGAUAUUAUCGACUGUCAUUUAAUCACAAUGUAGCUUUGCUCCCGGAUAUGGUUUAUUUUAUUCAUCUUUUUCCUAUUUAUUAUAAUAACUUUUUUCCUUGUCAAAAUUUGUUGCUAUAGCUUUUAGCCCAGUAAUACAUGCUGUUUGCAGUUACAUUAACUUUGUUGUUUUCGAUAAACGAAUAACUUGCUUGCCGCGGAAACGAGGUUUCGUGCCAUAAUCCACGAAAUAAUAUUACUAUCAUUAACGGCUUCUAUUUCUUUCGUAUUUCUUCGUUACAAAUGUCGUUAAAAGCUGUAUUCCGCAUUUUCGUUAAUCCGACGUGAUUUGUACUCGGGGUAUCAUUGGAAUAUAACUGGGAUUGGCUUGUUCAUCAUCAGGGUAUAAUUAUGUUACAUUUUCCAAAUUUUUUUGUUAAUGUUUUUGACAAUAUUUUAGGAUGUUUUGAUAUUACAAUUAUAAAACAAAGACAGAAACAUGAGAUAUUAAAGAAAACAACCUUGUUUCCAUACUUUUCGCCUUGGCUGUACGGCUGUAGGCUAACGUGAUAAUGAUAAUAGACGUGAUAAUUUUCUAGUUGUACAUUUUAUAUACACUCUUGUCACCUUCAGAACAGAUAAUUAUGAAAUGCUGAUUUUGAUUAUCAUACAUUUUCGUUAUAAUUCUGUCCUGGGUCGAGAAGGCUAGAAAUACAUACCGCUUCAUCGGUCCUACAUUAAGUGAAAGAGGGCCGAAGCAAAUUAGAAGAAAUUAGACCGUAUCAGAAACAAUGUUGUAUUGUAUAAAUAUACUAAUUUAGCACAAGCGUAGUUAUGUUGAAUGCUUCGUUUAAACAUAAAUGAGCCUAAAUAAGUAAAUGGUUUAUUUCAUCCGGUGUAUUUAGAUUUUUAUACGCUUUCUAUAAUACUUUAGCUGUGAUGUAAUUAAUGCUUAGAAAUGAACGCAUACUCUGUACUGACACACAAUUUUCGUGGUAUUUGUGAAGCAAGCAAAAGGUGUUAACUGUUGUCAAUAAGACGUUACUGCCACAAGUGUGCGUGAAAAACGCACUCUUGACGAUAAAAAAGCAUUCAGGAUACCUUUUCAUAGAAUUCAUUUUUGAAAUAUCUACUUGUUCUGUAUUCAGUAACGGGAACCUUAGUAUGCAGGCAUUCAUGUAAUUUGCGCAAGAUAGCGCUUUGCUAUACUUCUAUCGCUUUUUUUAGAACUAUUCAUUUCUGUCAGUAUGUAUUAUGCGAAUGUCUAAAACCAAUCAAUGUAAAUAAUUAAAUAUUCCGGGAGAAGUGCAUUUAUACCCUGAUCCUAGUUUGAUAAGUCAGAAUGUUUUCCCGAAAAUAUUAUUUUCAUAUGACUGGAGGGAUAUGGACUGGACGGGAGUAACUGUCAUCGAGCUUCCUCGGUACUAAUUAUUAUUCUGACAAUAAUCUGUUGUUUGCACUCAAGAUUAUAUAAAUGUUCUUAUAUGAAAAAUGUAGAUAUUGCGACCCUGUCACGAUCAAGAAUUCCUCUAUUUUUACUGGUAUUUUAUAGUAGAUCCUAAUAUUUUUGUAGUCAGUUGGUACUAGAUAUGAUAAAAACUGUUGCGUUACGUGCAUUUCACGUGUUUAGUCGAAAGCAUUUAUUAGUUUGCUUUUCUGUUAUGAAGUUCUGACACUAUCAGUGGUUUAUUAAAACAAGUAAUUACCUAGUCAACCAAGUAAUUACCUUUACAAAAAACGCACUUCGAAUAUUUCAACCUAACAUUACUAUACAAGUUGUAACAUAAACUUUUGUUACACCUUGUAUUUGGCAUCUUGUACGGGUAUGUCAUUUCAAGCGACUUAAUAGUGUCUCACAGACGACCGCAGCCGCACCGGACCGCGAACUUGGUGCGGUCAAAAUAUCUCUUUCUCGCUCUUACUUAUAGCUGCGUCCUUAACGGCCGUGCGGCGGCCUACCUUACACAUGAUCGACCGUACCAAGCCGCAUCAAGGUCGCGGUCCGGUGCAGCCGUCUGUAGAUACUAUAAGUUUAAAUGAAAGGUUGAUACAAGUAAAAAGUAAGACCUAUAGUUUGCGACUUACCAAUGAAAGUUCUGACAGUGAGCAAUGGUUUGUUACAUUGUAUCGCCUGGAUAUAUCGCACAACUCAUUGGCAAAGCACCUUACGCCGUUUUAAAAAAUAUUAUUUUUAUUAUAGCAUCAGUAUUUUAUAUCUAAGGCUAUCUUAUAUAUAAAAUAGGUAGGUGAGGUACUAUUUUUUAAUGUUGUUAUGGUUUUAGUAAUCAGACAAAUUAUACAAUAAGACAAUAUCGGCACACAUCGGCUAUUAUUACAAUAGUAUCCCAUGAUAUCCCAUCUUAACUUGCAACAAAAAAUAAAUACACACAUACGUCGUGCUAAAUGUAUGCAUGUGGCAUUUUUGCUUUCUAUUUAUCAAAUCAAAUCAAAAAUAUUUUAUUGUGUGGUUAUGGGUUCUACAAAGUUCUUAGGUAAAUGAGUCAUGUUCUCCAUAUACUAAAAAUAUCCUUUACUAAAACAAAAGUGAUAUUAAUUUGUUUGGUGUCUACAUAGUUUGAAAAAUACCCGUAGGGUUUAUUAUACUUUUUAUAUGAAUGUGGAAUAAAUGGGAAGGUCGAGAUUAUGAAAGUAACCAUAAAAGGCUGAAGGUAACUUGCUCACGAAAGCAAUUAUAUUUCCGUGAAUAUGUUAGGAUUAGCUUCUCCAUGUGAGUGCUAUGUUUUAAGCGAAUUUAAGGUCGGUUGGUUUAUAAAUAAAAUAGAUACAAGCCCAGGCGCCUUACUCGACUAAUUGAAGAGGGUAUCAUAUCUUAUAAUGCCGUCAAAACCAUUAAACACUUCGCCCUAAUGGGGUUCAGUCGUAUGUGUUCAGCCAAUGGGGGAAGAAUAGCGGUCCUCGGUAGCGGCUUGUGUUUUAAGUGUUUCUAAAUUAAUAUAUGUUGUUUAAUUAUAUUCCAAGCUUCAACUCUAAAAUAGCUAAUCCUUGGCCACUUGUAGGGCGACCUUUACAUAAUUAUUUAUUUACUUUUAUAAAUUAUUCGAGUAUAAAUGACUUUGUAACGUACUAAAUGGGGUCUACCCAAGUUCUUAUGAAUUUUUCGAUAAAAUAUUUAAUGUUUCACGUUUUACAUACAUAAAAACUAGCGCAUAUUCUACGUAAGCAAACAUCUACGUAUUCAUUUUAAAAGACACUACGUUCUACAUAUCACAAUUUUGUAAGUCAUGUUUCAAAAACAUACUGCUAUUCUUCUACAUAACCAUGUUAAAUGUUUAACAUAGUAAUGUACUCCUAAACAGUUUUUAAUUUUAUUUGUAAAUAUAUAACUAUAUGAUAUCGAAUUUAUGUUUGUUGGACACUUUGUAUAGCGUCUAUUGUAAUUAGUUACUGUUUAUUUCAGAGGUCGGUGAGGCCAAAUCCGUGAGCAAUUUUUUUUAUUUAACUUAAGCGCAAUCGUUGCUUUAUCGAUGGUAACUUUAGUGUACUGUUUUUUGAAAGACGCUGUCUGUACGGAAUAUCCCUCAGACGGAUUUGGCCAAAUUGACCUUGCACGAAGAAAAUGUUUUCGUUUUUCUGUUUGUCUGUGAUCACAUAGUGAUUUCUAUUUUCGCAGUGUUCGUGUACCAAAAAAAAAGAGUAAUUUUCCAUGUAUAUAGUCUAUGAAAUUAUUAAAGUGUUUAUGUGAUAUAUAGUUAAGAGUUAAACCGUGCCGAGUAGUUUUUCUAUGUGGUAUCAGUUGUGAUUUUUCAAUAAAUGAUUUAAUACAUGAAAAAAAA